AUGGCCAAACUCAGUGUCCUCAUCAUCCUUUCUCUUCUCAUACUCUCUACCAUUACACUUCCAUGUCUCGGAACUGACUCGACCGGAGAAUCAUCCAACACGGUUCCAGCGGAAUGCCAAAAGUCUGGCGGCGGUCCGUGCCAUAACAAAACCAAAUCUUUAAAGCUUAAAAUAAUCGCCGUUGUAGCAAUCUUGAUCACUAGUAUGUUGGGUGUCACGCUACCUAUACUUGCAAAGUCGGUACCCUCGUUACACCCCGAUAAGAAGUUAUUUGUGUUGGUUAAAGCGUUUGCUUCGGGUGUAAUUCUCGCAACAGGGUACAUGCAUGUUUUACCCGAUUCAUUUGAAUGUUUGACGUCCGAAUGUUUGCCUGAAAAACCAUGGAGCAAGUUUCCUUUUACUACUUUUAUUGCAAUGUUUUCUGCUGUCGCGACAUUAAUGAUUGAUUCAUAUGCAAUGAGUUGGUAUAAGAAGUAUGGUCCUUCAGCCCAUAGACAAAUAAUUAGCAAUAAGAACCCUGACCCGGAAAUAAAAAAUUCGGGUCAUUCUCAUUCCCAUGCUGACGGUUUAUCCACGCUUGAUGAUCCUGCAUCACAGUUGAGGCGAUACCGUGUGGUUGCUCAGGUAUUGGAGCUAGGAAUAGUGGUACAUUCGGUUGUGAUCGGGCUGUCGAUGGGGGCAUCAGAUAAUCUAUGCACCAUAAGACCUCUUGUGGCUGCUUUAUGCUUCCAUCAGUUCUUUGAAGGAAUGGGCCUUGGUGGUUGCAUUCUUCAGGCAAACUAUGAGAUAAAGAUGAAGGCAAUAUUGGUGUUUUUCUUCUCGAUAACGACUCCAUUUGGGAUUGCACUUGGGAUCGGGCUGUCAAAUGUGUAUCAAGAGAAUAGCCCGACGGCGUUGAUUGUGGUGGGAGUGCUAAAUGCGGUGUCAGCAGGGCUGCUGAAUUACAUGGCGCUGGUGGAUCUGCUGGCAUCGGAUUUCAUGGGGAAAAAACUUCAAAAUGAUAUGAAACUUCAAGCAAUUUCAUAUGUUGCAGUUGUUUUAGGUGCUGGAGGCAUGUCCGUGAUGGCUAUUUGGGCAUAA